UAAGGCGGGCGGUGCGCAUGUGCGGGAGGUGGAGACGCCGGAAGCGGCGGUGGGAGUCGAGCGGCGCCGGAUCUCAUCAGCGGCGUCGGAGCGCACCGCGGCCGUCGGGCUGUGCCCGCCAUGAGCUGCCGGCAGCCGCUGCCCAGCGAGCGGGGAGCCAGGCAGAGGAAGAGGAGGCGCAAUGGUAAUGAAGAUGACAGUCAUAUUCCACAGACCAAACGUAGUACCAGGAAUACUGUCCUUCAGGACUCUUGGGACACUGAGUCCAAAUGCGUAACAGAAUGUGCACCACAGCCUGGGGAAAUGAAGGUGGCUGUAACGAAAAACAGUAAGGAACACAGACUAAAAGGAAACAAAGUGUCCUGUGCGUCCUCCAGCAGCGAUAGCGGCAGCAGCAGCAGCAGCUGUAGUAGCAGUAGCAUCAACAGCCCUGACAGAGCGAGCGGCCCAGAACCCAGCCUGAACCCCAUAGUUACGGGAUCCAGCCCUGUCUCCUCUCAGUCCUUCCAUGAGCAGUCUGCACUAAGUCAAGGUCCUUACUUCCACAUCAACCAGAUCCUGAAGGAGGCACACUUCCACAGCUUACAGAGCCGGGGACGCCCUCCUACAUGAUGAACCAGCAGUUCCUUGCCUUCUGUGAAGGGACAGCACUGUGUAGAUUGGAUAUUUCAACUUAGUUUGUUAAAAUGAAAUUGCACAAAACG